AUGGAAAACCAAAAGGAUUCAGAAAAGCAUUCAAAAUUUCGCAAAAAUCAUUUACUGUCUUCAAGUGAAUCAAGAAAUAUCAGUGAUAUUUCAAGUGACUCAGUUAUGAAUAGACUCUCACAUAUUUUAGGUGAUAACAGUGAAAUCUACGUUGAAAGUGCAGGCUUUAUCAAAGAUGAAGUUUCAGAGUCCCAAAUAACAGAAGUAGAAGACGUGGCAGAUUUACCAGAAAAUGAUAGACCUUCCGUUCCCAGACUCCAAUUAGAUAGGAGUAAAUCAAUAAGUAAACUCUAUUUAGAAUCGAAAAGCACAGAAAGCUACCCAAGCUUAGGAACUGUAAUAAGACAUGACACACCAAAAAUCACAACAAAUCAAAAGAUCCUUAAUAGCCCUUAUAAAAAAAAAUCAAUAAAGCGCCCUCAAAGCGCUAAAUUGCAGAGAUCUAGAUCAGUUAACUCAAAACAAGCUAAUGAUGAAGCUAUACAUUUGACACAACUUAUUUCAAAUGAUCUUGUAAAAUCCAUUCAUCACGCAUAUGCUUCAAAAUAUCCUGGAGCAUUAAGUAAUUUAGACCAAAAAGAAAUUCAACAAUUUUUCCAGUUCAAAACAAAUGAGUUUCAAGAAAUUCUUGAGCGGGAGUUAGGACAAAAACAAGUGGUAAAUUUUAUAUAGGCUCCAUAUCAAAGAUCUAAAAGGGAAAGACUACGAAUCAAUAAUAAAGAUAAAGAAAAAAAGCGCGAAGAAAUAAGACAAAAGAACUUUGAAGACGAAAUGUCAAGAGUAAAAAAAUCCACUGAGUUAUAUCACGAAACUUGCGAAUUUCGGCUAAAAAAAUCAGUGGAGUCAACUCUUCAAAAAUACAAGCGACAAAAAAUUAUUGAAGACAGUAAAAUAAUAAAAGAACAAAAAGAAGUAAAAGACGUCGAAAAGAAGCUUAUAAUCGAAAAUAUAAAAAAUCUUUAUAACGACAAAAUUCAACUUUUAAAAGAAAAAAUAGAUGAAGAAAAGUUUCAGAGACAAAUAGAUGAGCAAGAACAGAAAAAGAGAAUGUCAGAAGCAGAAAAAAGCAGAAAAACACAACGACUACUCCAUCUUAAAGAACAAAAAGAAAUUUUAUCAAAAGAAAACGAGCACUCUGAGCUGAUCUUAUUAGAAGCAAAGCAUUUUGAAGAGAAAAUAAUAGAAAGGUAUAAAAAAGAAAAGCUUCCAUAA